AUGGAGCUGAACCUGUCUGAGUCCUUGGUCCCUGUUGUGGACUCAGGCAACUGCACCUAUACAGAAGCCUGGGAAUGGCUGAGCAGUCUCCAGCCCACGUUCCUAGCGCUCAUCAGCAUCACCGGAGUGGUGGGUAAUGGCCUGGUUCUCUGCGUCUUCUGCCUGCAGAGGAAGCCCUGCUCUGUAGCUGACAUCUACCUGGGCAACCUGGCGUUUGCCGACCUGGUCAUGGUGGCUUGCUUGCCUUUCUGGGCAGUCACUAUUGCUCGGGACUACCAGUGGAACUUUGGCGAGCUGCUCUGCAAGUUGGUCAACACCGCUAUUGCCAUGAACUACUUCUGCAGUGUUCUGUUUCUGGUCCUGGUUAGCGUGGAUCGCUAUUUAGCCUUAGCCAGACCCAUGAACCCCAGCCGACUGAGACGCUCAUCCUGGGCCAAGCGAAUGUGCGUGGGCAUCUGGGCAGUGGGCAUGCUGCUUAGUAUCCCAUCUUUUCUCUUCCGAACUGUCAGUUACUUUCACGAAGCCGGGGUGCACGCCUGCUUCCUGGUUUUCCCACACCCAAGCUGGAGAAUCCAAAGGAACCUGACCAGUAUUGUGCUUGGGUUUGUGAUUCCCCUGCCGAUCAUAGCAUUCUGCACCCACCACAUGGUAAAGGCUCUAAAAGAUGGCAGUGCAGUGGCACUUCCUGGUGUGAAGAUGGAAAGGAGGGCUACUCAUCUUGUGCUGACAGUGCUGGCUGUCUUCCUCUUCUGCUGGACACCUUACCAGGUGGUGCGCUUCUUGGACACUCUAGAGUAUUAUCAGAUCACAUCUGGGUGCUUCUACGGCCACAUCUUAGACAUUAGCUUGCAGGUGACCACCUACUUGGCCUACGCCAAUAGUGCGAUCAACCCUUACCUCUAUGUGGUCGUUGGAAAACACUUCAGGAGAAGAGCUAAAUGCGUGUUUAGGAAACUCCUUAACCCUGUUUGGAAGGACAGCAACAUGAACAUCACUUACGGCAGCAAGUGGAGCGAGAGCCGCAAAGACUCGUGUAUACUUGAAAAGCGAAUUGUGCCAGUGUGCAUAACAUCUGUUGGAGUGCAGUUAUGUAGCUAAAAAAGAAGCUGUCCAGAAAGUGAGCCUCAAAUGAUCCUAAUGUUUACAGAAUUUCCUCAUUAAUAAAACAUGUUGACAGAUUUAACAUGAUAUUAAAAGCAGGUAUCAUUGGAGUCACCUACUAUCAGGGAACCCAAUGAAAACUUAACAUUAGCACUGAAUAUUAAGUAUUAAAUAAGUAUAGGGAAAUAUUAAGUAUUAAAAAAGCCUUAAAUGAUGUGCUGAAGAGUUCAUAUUGUGUAAAUUGCAAUUUUAUUAUUCUGUAUUAAUAUAUCAGCACAUUUUGCUAUUGAUCUUUGGCAGUAAUUGUGUAGAUAAACUGUAUACAUGAGAUAAAUAUCUAAACAUUGGGAAAAAAAUAUUUUUUCAAUGUGGCUUCCUUCUCCAGGCAUUUUCUUAUGAAUAUACCUGUGAUUUAUACUUGUGUUUUGGCAUUUGUACUUGACUUUGUAGAUGUGCUGUGCACUAUUUUGGUUUAUCUAUUUCUCUGUAUUUAUUCUCAUAUGGAUUAUUGUUGUAAUGUCUUAUUUAAACCUUAAUUAGCUUUUUGAAUGUUAUGGUUUAAUGUUGUGGUUUGUGCUAUUACAGACUGAAAUAAGCUUGAAAGUUCUUAUGAUUCAGGUUAAGCAAGGUUAAGCAAAUUGCACUACACUAGGAACAGGUUCACUGUGAAUUAUGUGACAUACCAUUACAUUAGACUGUAAUAAAGCUGUGAAACCACUUUAA